GCUUCGAGUGGAUCGUAAAAAUGGGUGAGCGCUUUGAGGUCAGCGUCCACACCGUGACGACCUUCAUUAUCUAACCUGCCAUCCCCAAUCAUCAAUGGUUCGCGAAUGCAAUGCCUGUCGCGAGUCCUCCAAUCUCAAGCGCUGCUCUGGCUGUCACAAAGUCUGGUACUGCUCUGUCACUUGCCAAAAGUCUCAUUGGGUACGGCACAUCUUUGCUUGCAAACCCCGUCGCCCCAUCACCACCGCAGACCAUCUAGCGCUUGCAGUCAGAAACAACGAUCUUCCGCAAGAUCCACAGACUUGCGAGGAUUAUGGGUUUGACCGUGCAUUCACUGUGGAGAAUAGGUGCAAUCUUCUUGGCUUGUAUAUCGGGCUGAUGGACCCCAAUCGCAUAGGAAUUACUCCAAAGACCAUCGACGAUUGGCGGGUCAGGGGCGUGCUUGUAGAAGAGAUUAAAGCAGCAUACUACAAGAUUCCAACCGAAUCCAGAGGCGGUUACUUCCCUUGGUUCCUGCAGAACCAGCACACUCUUAAUCCGUCUGCUGCUGGUGAUAGCCAGUUGAAUGACGAAGGGGAUGCCAUGGUUCUGCGUGCAUGGCGCUUUACCGGAGGUGCAGAAACAGACUCGCCUGCAGACAUAAAAGCCCGCUUAAUCAGCAUGCCUCAUGACAGGCAAACAUGUCAUGUGUUCUAUGCGCUACUCUUGAGCAGAUUGUUUCCUGCACCAAUCGAUAACCUCUGGAUCCCCUUCGGUUUCUGCUCAUGCGCCUGUGAAGAGGAGGAAAUGUAUCUAAGCACACGUUAUCAGGCCCUCAUUGCCAAAUGCACAUUCGACGAAUUUUGUGACGCCUUCAGCUCUGCACGUAUUCUCGAUCUUUUCCGCAAGAAUGGAAUUGUCGUAGACGUUCGCUACCUUGCGGAUGUCUUGCAAAACCACGAUAUGCACAAGUCUGUCUGGGACCUCAAGCAGUUUGCCAUCCAGACUAACGAACAAAAUCCCGAGGGCAGAAUGGUGAAUUCCGUUGCGUGCGAUUAUGGGUUCAUGAAUUGCAGGAAAGAUGCCGAGGUACAGGCGCUGAAGAAAGUUUAUAGGUCAUUUUUUGAACGCCAUGAUGCGGAUCCGCUAGCGCUGCACGAUGCUGCGAUACGCGGAAAUAUCUUUGGGUAUCUGGGGAGUUUGAUAAAGCUGAACAGGAAGUACGAGCGCCUUAUGAAGAAUCCGUAUCCGCUCCCUGUACUGGAGUGAGUCACAGGCAAAUGACUUCUUGGUUUCGUGUUAUUCUUGUCAUCUUCGAACUCUCAUGCAGUCUUUUUCUUGACUCCUUGUGCUAUCAGAUUCCGUUGCUAGUAUUGUCCCAUUUCCUCCAU